GGCAGCAGUCUGAUGCUCUACACUAAGGCUCUACAUCAAUGCACUACAUCAAUGCUCUACUCGAAUCUUCGCUCUACACCAAUGCUGUCGAUCAACAUCUUCACCAAUCUGCACUCUAUUUCAAUGUCUUACACCACUGCUCUACACCUCUACAUCUAUACUCUCUAUGAACAUCAGCGCUCUACACCAAUGUACUAUAUAAAUGCUGUACACUCAUCUUUGCUCCACACCAAUACUCCCGAUCAACAUCAAUCUUCACUCUACACCAAUGCUCUACAUUACUCUGCGCUCCACAUCAAGGCUCUAUCUGCCAAUACUUUCAAUCUGUUGCUCGCUGCUCUACACCAAUGCUCUACACCACACUAUAUCUACACCAAUGCUCUACACAAAUUUACACUCUACACCAAUGCUCCACAUAACUCUACGCUCCACAACAAUGUUCUACAUCAAUACUCUACCUCAUCAUCAGAGCUCCACACCAAUCAUUCUAUCCUCUCUACCAAUACUCUACACCAAUGCACCGUAUCAAUACUCCACAUCAAUGCGCUGCACCAAAAACUCUCUUCAAUGCAUUAACAGACAUCUCAAGCUAUCUUAAGUCGACUCUGCAUAUAAAUCAAGCAUAAAUUUGCUUCUGGCGUCAACUUUGCCUCGUGGCAGA